AUGGCCAUGCCCACCUUCCACCUUGCUCCUGACCUGCGGCCCGUCUCCCGCCUCUGCUUCGGGACGAUGACGAUGGGAGAGCAGAGCGGGGCGGCGUGCUCGCUGCGCCUCCUCGACGCCGCCUACGAUGCCGGCGUCAACUUCUUCGACUCCGCCGAGAUGUACCCGGUCCCACAGCGCAGUGAGACGCGCGGGCGGAGCGAGGAGCUCCUCGGCCGCUGGUUGCGGGCCCGCCGGGUCCCACGGGAUAGCGUCGUCGUCGCAACCAAGGUUGCCGGGCCUUCUGGCCAGAUGACGUGGAUUCGUGGUGGGCCUACAUCUCUCGAUUCGCGGAACAUCGCAGAGGCAAUCGAUGGCAGUUUGCGCAGGCUCGGUGUGGACUACAUCGACCUCUACCAGAUACACUGGCCGGAUCGUUAUGUUCCAAUGUUUGGCGAGACAGAGUAUGAUCUGAACUGCCAGUACACGUCUGUUCCAAUGGAAGAACAACUUGAGGCUCUUGGGAGAGCAAUAGAUGCUGGCAAGAUCAGGUACAUUGGCCUUAGCAAUGAAACACCAUAUGGUUUGAUGAAGUUUCUUCAGUUGAGUAAGGAUUUUCAGCUGCUUCCAAAGCUACUGACAGUGCAGAACUCAUAUAACUUGCUCUGCCGAAAUUUUGAUUCUGGAUUGGCAGAAUGCUGCCAUCAUGAGAGAAUCAGCUUGCUGGCUUACAGCCCAAUGGCAAUGGGUAUACUUUCAGGAAAGUAUCACUCAUCUGAUAACUGUGGUCCACCAGACGCAAGAAUGAAUCUUUUCAAAGGGAGAUACUCUGAAGGCGAAUCCCGAUACAAACUGCAGAGCCCCAAAGUGAGAGCAGCUGUGAAGGAAUACACACAAAUUUCUGCAAAGUAUGGCAUUUCUCCAGUGACCUUAGCGAUUGCAUUUGUCUUGAGACAUCCACUUGUGGCAUCGGCUGUUUUUGGUGCGACUAAAUUGUGGCAGCUUGAUGAAGUUCUUCAGGCAACUACAGUCCAUCUUCCUGAGGAAAUUAUUGUUGAGAUCAAUGAUGUACAUGCAAGAUACCCUAACCCUUGCCCAUAA